AACAAGUUUUGACAGAUUGACUUUGACAGAAACUCUACAACAAACAAAUAAUUUGAGGUAUUUUUUAAAUUUCCGCUUUUUCCUAAAAUGUCGGGAGAAGAUUGCGAAGUAUUAGAUCGCGGGGACGGUGAAGGACAAAAAUCUGAUAAAAUGUUUACUCUCAAAAAGUGGAAUGCUGUUGCUAUGUGGAGUUGGGAUGUAGAAUGUGAUACCUGUGCUAUUUGCCGCGUUCAGGUGAUGGAUGCCUGUCUAAGAUGCCAAGGUGAAAGCAAGAAGGAUUCUUACGGGAAACAAGACUGCGUCGUCGUAUGGGGCGAAUGCAACCAUAGUUUCCACUUCUGCUGCAUGUCGCUGUGGGUGAAACAGAACAACCGGUGCCCGCUCUGCCAACAGGAGUGGUCUAUCCAACGAAUGGGCAAGUAGACCCGUACCAGACGGCGAACGAUGAUCUCUAUAACAGCGCAUUCAUUUAAAUUUUAUUUCAUUCUUGACGUAAUAAACUGCUCUAUUCGAU